AUGACGUUAGCUACACAAUUUGCCGAAACAACGCGUUAUUCCGCCACAAACCCCGAAUUAAGACGAAGGGUAUUACAAUUGUAUCGCAGAUACAUUAGAAACUCACGAGAAUUUGCCAACUUGUACGAAUUGGAUAUGCCGGUGUCUAGUAUAAAAACCAAGAUUAGACAAGAGUUUGAAAGGCAAAGAUUUGUUGAUGAUUUAGCCAUCAAGAAUGUCUUGUACAUGAAGGGACAAAUGGAGUUUCAAGAAUUGAUUAAUUUUUGGAAACAACAAUGUCAUGUGUUGAGAUAUUUUGAUGAUCAAAAUGCAUAUAAUACUAUUGAUAAGAAUGAUUUCGUGAAGAAUUUUUUAAGGGGAAACUAA